AAAGAAGAGUUCUAAGAAACUUUUACAAUUUUCUUGAUUGAUCGAAAGUGAAACCAUAUGCCUUGUUUUAUACUCUGUUUUCCACAAUAUGUUGCAGUUCAGAUUCCUUGCUAACCAUUGUUUCUUCAGCAACAAGCAAAUGUUGGUCUUUCUUUGUAGGUGGUAACAACACCUAGAUAAUUCGUCCACUUAAAUUGCACCCUUGUAGCUCUGGAGAUGUUGUCUUUAACCCAACGUACCAGACCAGCGUACAUCAUAACUCGUCUCUCGGGAAGUAGCUUCUUCUUCAACUUGUUUUUUUUUUUUUAAAUAAAUUUCUUCUUCUUCAACUUGAAACACCACAGUUUCGAAUACUGUCGUUGCUUCUUCUUAUAUCUCCUAUAAUCUGUCUUUGAAGACAGCCUAUAAAUCCCACCAGCAACACCUCAAUACCCAUAACCUGCAAGCACUUUUUUGAAACUGAAAAUUCUUUUUAUAACGUGCAAGCACUUCUUUCCCGUUUGAUAAGCUUGUGUUUUUCUUUCUCCUUGACAGAAGACAAACCAUCCUCCAUUCUUCACCCGUGUGUUAAAGUUGAUAAACUCACUCGCAUGGUGAGUUGUUUUAAACUUGAUUUUCCCGCUCUUCACCAUCAACUCCACAGGUCUCAAGAAGAUGGAAUCUGAAUCUCUCGAAUGCUACAAAAUUUGAGUCAGUGCUUCGGAUCGUUUGUAGGAUCUUCCUUCCUCUAAUUCAAUUUUUCAUGAACUGAGUGUAUUUAUGAAAGAGUGGAGCAACUGCUGUGUCACAUAUCUUUAUCUUCCACAUAGAGUUGUUCCAGAAAUAACAAAAAGCAGAAGAAUCAUAAGGGUUUUAAAUAUUUUUAACAUCUUUCACUCUUUUGAUGCUUUACAAAAACAAGUUACCUUCGUCUUGUUGCAGGGAAUGAAUCUUACAAAUACAAGUUACAACCUCUUUGGAACCAACGUAGUAUGAACUCGCUUAAUUUUCUUACAAUCACUCUUUCAUAAGACACCUGAUUUGACCGUCCAUGACUACUCCCUACUCCUUGUCUACGUUGAAAUUUCACGAUAAAGUCAACUCAAUUUUUUUCAAAAGUGGUCCCAGUAAGAUUGGCGCUAACGCAAGUAGUCCUCUCUCUCACGCUUUCUUUCUCAGUCCCACGCUGCCAUCAGUAGAAAAGUCAGCAAACACAAUACUACACCACAGACAAUUACGACUACGUUUAUUAUUUGUAUACCUCUCUUUCCAAAGAGAGAACAAAGAGCAAAGCAAAACUGGAACUAUUCUUUUCCAACUAUAGUUAUGGUGCUUCUACUGAACACACGUCGUCGUUUCGUUAUUGUUCUUCUACUUGCAACACUCUCUUGCUUCUCCGUUAGGCUCUGCUUCGGCCAAGACAGAAUCACCUUCACUACUCCGAUCAACGACACAGAUUCCCUUCUCUCCCAAAGUGGUGUUUUCAGGUUUGGUUUCUUCACUCCUGUAAAUUCCACUACUCGGAUACGUUACGUCGGGAUUUGGUACGACAAGAUUCCAAAACAAACUGUGGUUUGGGUUGCUAACAAAGACACUCCCAUCAACGACGCUUCCGGUGUUGUUUCCAUCUCCGACGACGGAAACCUCGUGGUUACCGAUGGUCGAAACCGCCUUCUAUGGUCGACCAACGUCACGCUAACCAUGGCUCCAAAUGCUGCUUGGAUUCAGCUGAUGGAUACUGGGAACCUUGCGUUACAAGAUAACCAAAACAACGGAGAGAUUCUCUGGGAGAGUUUCAAGCAUCCUUAUAACUCUUUCUUGCCAACAAUGACUCUUGGGACCAACAAGAGAACCGGAGAGAAUCUGAAGCUUACUUCUUGGAGAAGCUAUCAAGAUCCUUCAACAGGGAACUAUACAGCUGGUCUUGCUCCUUUAACCUUUCCCGAGCUCACGUUUCCUGAGCUUCUGAUUUGGAAGAACAAUGUUCCAGUCUGGCGUAGUGGACCUUGGAACGGUCAGGUUUUCAUCGGUUUACCGGACGUGGAUUCUCUUUUGUUUCUUGAUGGGUUUAAUCUUAUCAAUGAUAAGCAAGGAACAUUUUCAAUGUCAUUUGCUAAUGAUUCUUUCAUGUAUCACUUUAACUUGGAUCCUGAUGGAGUUAUAUAUCAGAGAGAUUGGAGUACUUCUUUGAGAGAUUGGAGGAUCGGUGCAAUGUUUCCAUCUACGUACUGUGAUGCAUACGGUAUAUGUGGUCCAAACGGAAGCUGCAGUUCCCGGGAAGAUCCGCCUUGUGAAUGUGUUAAAGGGUUUGUGCCGAGGAACAGCACAGAGUGGAAUGCAAGGAAUUGGAGUAAUGGAUGUGUGAGAAAAGGUCAAUUGCGGUGCGAGAGGCAGAGCAAUGGAGGAGGAAAAGGAGAUGUGUUUGUUAGACUGCAGAAGAUGAAAGUACCAGUCAAUGCAGUACAAUCUGAUGCUAAUGAGCAAGAUUGUCCUAAACAGUGUAAGGAUAACUGUUCUUGCACUGCUUAUGCUUUUGAUCGGGGAAUCGGAUGCAUGCUUUGGAGUGGUAACUUAGUUGAUAUGCAAUCAUCAUUGAGAACUGGCAUUGAUCUUUAUAUUCGACUUCCGCAUUCUGAACUCAAAACACAUAGCAAUCGAGCAGUUAUCAUCAUUGCACCCGUGCUAGGCGUUGCGUUCCUUGCUGCCGUCUGCGUUCUUUUAGCAUGCAGGAAAUUCAAAAAACGUCCAGAUACAAGUGCAGAAUUAAUGUUUAAGAGAAUGGAAGCACUUACAAGUGGUAAUGAGACUGCUUCUAACCAAGUGAAGCUCAAGGAGCUUCCACUCUUUGAGUUUCAAGUGUUAGCCACAGCAACUGAUAGCUUCUCUCUAAGAAACAAGCUCGGACAAGGUGGAUUUGGUCCUGUUUACAAGGGAAAAUUGUCAGAAGGGCAAGAAGUUGCAGUGAAGAGGCUCUCACAGGCAUCAGGACAAGGACUUGAGGAGCUUAUGAACGAAGUGGUUGUGAUUUCCAAGUUGCAACAUCGGAAUCUAGUGAAGUUACUUGGCUGUUGCAUUGAAGGUGAAGAAAGACUGUUAGUCUACGAAUAUAUGCCUAAUAAAAGCUUGGAUGCCUAUCUAUUUGACCCAUUGAAGCAAAAGAUUCUUGACUGGAAGACACGGUUCAACAUAAUGGAAGGGAUUUGCAGAGGUCUCUUGUAUCUUCACAGAGAUUCAAGACUAAAGAUCAUACACAGAGAUCUAAAAGUCAGCAACAUUUUGUUAGAUGACAAUCUGAAUCCCAAAAUAUCUGAUUUCGGGCUUGCAAGAGUUUUUCGAGCAAAUGAAGAUGAAGCAAACACAAGAAGGGUUGUUGGAACAUACGGCUAUAUGUCACCUGAAUAUGCAAUGGAAGGUUUAAUUUCAGAAAAAUCAGACGUUUUUAGUUUGGGGGUUAUAUUUUUAGAGAUCCUAAGUGGGAGAAAAAACUCUCACAAGGAAGAGAAUAAUCUAAACCUUUUAGCUUAUGCGUGGAAGCUGUGGAACGAAGGUGAGGCUGCUUCUCUAGCUGAUCCAACCAUCUUUGAUAAGUCUUUCGAGAAAGAGAUAACGAGAUGUGUUCAGAUUGGUUUGUUGUGUGCGCAAGAAGCUGCAAACGAUAGACCAAAUGUUUCAACCGUGAUCUGGAUGCUAACUACCGAAAACACGAACCUCCAAGAGCCAAAGCAGCGUGCGUUAAUAGCAAGAAGAGGAUCUUGUGACCAGGGUAGUCUCUCUACCAAUGAUUUGAGCCUCACAGCUGUAACAGGGCGUUAGCCUCACAACGCCAAUAUGGCUGUUUACAUAAUAUGUAAGGUUUGGGAAUCUGCUAUGUUUGCAAAUUUGUUAUUCUGCGCAUAUUUAACACUAAGGGUCUGACUGAUGACCAUUCGGAAAA